CCCCCACCUCACCCAGCUCCAUCCAAACCAACCAAACAAUCCUCGUCGGCCUGCCAACUGAAGUCCAUCGAUGGCGAAGCUUGCAAUCCUCCUUGCGGCAGUUUUCGGGGUGCUCCUGGUGGCGGCCAGCGCCCACAGGACCACCGUCACGACCGUGGAGGUUGAGGAGGAGGAGGAGAACCAGAGGAGGAGAGGGGGCAGCUGCGAUGAGCAAAUCCGUAGGGCCCAGCAACUGAACCACUGCCAGGACUUCCUCAGGGAACAAUCCCGGCAGGAAGGCAGUGGCCGCCGGGGCGGUCACGGCAGCCAGUACGGCCCCGGCAGCGAGUAUGAACCCUAUGGUCCUGGGAGCCAAUACGAACCCGGCAGCGAGUACGGUCCGGGCAGCCCCCGGAUGAGGGGCCGUGAGAGCUCGGAGCAGUUCCAGCAAUGCUGCCGCCAGCUCAGGCAGGUGGAAGACCACCAAUGCAGGUGCCAAGCUCUGAGAGACUUCGUGAGGCGAGAGCAGGGACGGUUCCGGGGCCAAGAGACUCAGCAGUUGGCCGAGACGGCAAGGCAGCUGCCCCAGAUGUGUGGACUGCAGCGGACCUGCCAGCAAAUCCGGGCAGUUUACUUCUAAAUGUAUAAGCCUAAUAAUAAUUAGAAAUAAAUAAACCACAUUAGCGUGUGGGCUUUCUACGGUUUGUUAAGUAAUAAUUAGGCAUGUAGAGAGGAGAGAGAUUAGGGUAAUUAUGAACUGCCUAUGUACGUGUAAUAAUUAAGUUGAUGAAUGCUAUAAUAAAAAUGGUCCUUUUUGCUGAA